GUUUAACAAGCAUAAAAUUAUCAUCAAAUUUAAAAUACAGACUUGAUGAAGAAGAAAGGUUAGCACAACUGGCAUCCAAUGAAUUUAAUCAGGCACAAGAAUAAAAUAUUUAUGAUUAGCAAGAAAUACAACAAAAAAGAUGAAUCAAGAAAGUAGCACUUCAUCCCAAGGUUCUGAGGAAAAAAUGUUGGGAUAUAUUACAAAUGUCUCACCAAUGAAAAACAGUGGAAGUAAGAAGUACUUUAACUUCAAUGUCCAUACAAAAUCAAAAACAAAACGAGGUGUUUGUUUCUCUCCCAACAAAAGACCAACAAUGACCAAUUUCCAAAAUCAAAAAGUACCAGUCAAGAUAGAGCACUUUCGUACUAACUCUAGUCCCACAGGCACGGACGUUAUCAUACACCAACAAACCAAUAUAACAUCCACUGUGCUUUCAGAAGAACAAAUGUUCACACCAGUCUCUGUGCCAACAGACACAAUCACUUCAUUGAACACGAUUAAGAACGCUAUACCAGAACAAUUUGUUACAAUAAAAGCGAAAGUACACAGCUUAGGAAGUGUAAAAAGAAUCACUACAAAACUAAAUCAAGUACUGAGAAAGCAGGAAGGAAUCCUACUUGAUCCUACCGGACAAAUCAAAAUUUUGCUGUGGGAGGAUCAAGUUGAUUCGGUCAAAGACGGUGAGACAUAUAUUUUCAAAAACAUCAGAGUUAAAGACAACCAAUUUAAGGAACGCUAUCUUAACCCCCCAAAAAACAUCAAUGAAUAUUCCUGCACAUCCACUUGCGAGUAUGAAGAGAAACUGCCAGAAGCGGAAGUUAUUCCUGAUACAAUAGUAGAAGCUACUGGAAACAUCUGUGGCAUUGCCAACCUUUCAAAGUCUAAAAUCUGCCUUGUUUGUGGAACAAAUAUUAUCCCAAAAAAUAACCAAAAUGGCAACUGCCCAAAAUGUAAAAUGAUUGUGCGUAUAAAAUCAUGCAACGAUGACUGGCACCUUAAAAUCAUCUUUGUCACAAAUCAGAAGAAAACACUACGUCUCUCAGUUUUCAACAGUGAAUUCAACUUGUUGCUUUCAUUAUGCAAUCUUCAGAGAUCAUGCACAGAAGACGAAAUCACAGAAGCUCUUCUAAAUCUGGAUGACGAUCUACAAAUCGAAUAUGACGCUGUAACAAACUAA